GCGCUUGUGACUCUUGGCCAUCCGAAAAAGCGGCGACCGCAAUCCAUUAUCAUGUAAAAGUCGCAAUUCUACUUUAUAAAGUUAUCGUAUUUUAAUUUCCUUUACUUGUUCCUUUUUGUAUUUUUUCCAGAACUGAUGUUCUCUUUCUUACUUCAAAGAACUAUACUGGGAUUAAUUUUAGUAUGGUCAAUAUGUGUACAUUUUCAUAGCCAUACGGUCGUUUAUUCCCAGAAAUCGGAAGACUCGUCUUCUAAUGAAUCAUCGCUGGGAGAACUUAUUUAUUCUAAGAGACACGAGGAAAAUAUUGGAAAUGUAAAUCAUUCUAGAAGUCUUAAUAUUUCAUACGAAAAAUUUCCUAGUCAUAAUAAGACAGUUAAUACAAAGUCGUCUGUGGACAAUUAUUUUAAUUCAACCGUAAGCCUACCGGUUUGGAUGUUAAACAUUAAAAGUGGUGCUUUGCAAAGGACAGCUUACGUUGCGCUAGGCAUUAUGUCUGUUAUUGUAAUUUUCUUCAUAGUAAGAGGCAUAAGACUUCGACAUAAAAAGAGCAAAAGCCGAAAAUAUGGAAUUAUAACUUCAACAGUAUCAGAUAUGGAAAUGGAACCUCUUGAUAGAGAUGAUGAGGAGGAAGAAGAUGCCACAUUAUUUGAUGCUCAGCAUAAGUACGCCUUGCAGUGAACUGUUCAUAAAUUAUAUGAAUGAAAUUUUUUCCAAAAAUUAUUUUUACUUGUUUUCAAGGGCUAUUUUUUAAAUUUAAAAUUAAUCUAAAUAAUAUUUAUCAAUAACCUCAAAUCAGAUUUUCAAAAAUCAUACAUGCCAAAACAGAAAUUUGUUUUUUAUCUGCAUAAUUAAGAUAUUUUGUGUGAUAAAUAUGAUCACAAGAGGCAGAACUUAUCUUUUGUUCCUUACUUCAUCUAUUAUCUUCAAAUUUACCGAGAUAGUUAUUUGCAAAAGAUGAAAUUUAAAAUUAUUUCAAAUUAGUGUACAUUAAUAAGCUAACAUGGAAUUAUUUCUUUCAUGCUGAAUGCUAAAUAAUAAAGUGAGGAGGUUGCUACUUUGUAUUAACAAUAAGCAUAGUCUAAUAUUUUAGUAAUUUAUGCAUCUUUUUUUAAUCUAUGAAAGGAAUAAGGUAAAUAUUUGCUUGUUUAAUGUAUAUUUUUAAAGUAAAGCAACUUAUUGUGUAAAACCAAAGAGCAUUUUUAAAAUUUAUAAAACUGUUGGUGUACUAUUUCUUUUUAGCUGGGAUAAAAAAAAAAAAAAAAAAAAAAAAAAUGUUUACUUGCACAAUUUUAUAAGAAUAUAUGCCAUAUAUUUAAUAUUAGUAUUCUUUUCUUAAACCUCAUUUAUUUUUUCCCUCUUUAUAUUUUAAAAACUGAUAAUUUUUAUUAUUUGUAUUGCACUGCAGCAGCUUCCUCAAGUAUCUGAAAAUAUUUUAAAUACUUUACACAUUUUAAAAUUUUUGUGUAGCUAACUUAACAUUUUAUUAAGAAACAAGAGUAUUUUUUCUACUUACAUUUGUUUAUUACUUUUUAAUGUAUUUCUAUACAUGUGUUUGAAACUGUGAAAUCUAGUCUUAAUUUUAUGCUUCUUUAGAGAUUUAUUGUUUUUUCUUAUUUUUAUUUACUCUCUUUAUUACUUUAAACAUUUUAUACAGAGCAUAAAUCAAGUAUUAUACUUUAAAUCAUUCCAUACUGUUUUGAAUUCAUAAAAUUCAGAUGCAUUUAGUUUCAUAUGUAUACAUAAGUUAUUUUGCUUUUUAAUUAAAAAUUCAAGAGUACAUAUAAUAUGUAUAUAUAUUAUAACUUAAUAAUUUAGAAGUGAAUUAAAUCAUUCUAGACAAAAUUCAAUAAUUGUAUUAAAAUAAACCUAUUGAUUUUUAAAAAUAUAAAACAAAAGUUAAGGUGAUCCCAUAUUAUUUAAAAAAAUAUAUUUAAUUUGUUAAUGUGGAAUUAUAACUGAUAUAAAAAUUAUAAAAUACAUUUUAGAUUAUACAUAUUUUUUGUUUCAGACUGAUUUCUAAUGAAGUAAUAAUCUAAAACAUUAAAUAAUCUAAGAGAACUGUAUAAUUUUUCGUUCUGUGUGACCUUUUCAGAAAUUAAAGGUAAAAAGAGAAUUAAAACAGAAAAUAGAAAAAUUAUAUAUACAGUCAAAAGUCGUUAAUCCGGACUCGUCGGGACUUACAGUGGCAUAAAAAAAUCUAUAUAAAUAACACAUCAAUUUACAUUGAAAAUACAGCAAUCAGUUUAAUUGUAGAAUUUAAACUUAUCAAAUAUUUUAUGCGUAAUAGAUUUUUGACAAUAAUCUAGUGCAGGGUUUCUUAAACUUUUUCCAGUUGCGACCCCUUUUUAUCAUUGCCCCCAGGACCCCAUAAUAUUUACAAAAAUUUUGUGGGACCCCAUAAGUAUUGCGCAAAUCUGACACAUGCAUGAGUGAAACCGUCACUUAUUUCACUUGUACUGUAAUAUAUACUAUUGCAGUUUUAGGUCAUUAACUUUAAUUUCUAAUUUUAAGACAUAGAACAAUGUGAAAACUUUAAAUAAGUAACAGAUGAAAUGACAGCAUCACGUGCAAAGCAAGGAAAAUGAAAGUUUAUAUUUUAUAAUGCGUCGAAAUGUUUUCAUUGUUUUCUUUAUCUGUAUUGUCUUUAUCUGUUUCCAGAUACAUUGUGUAAAAUUAUUAUAAUAAGUUAAAGAAGUAUGAAAACUGCUAAAAUUUUUGGCGACCCACAGUUUAAGGAACCCUGAUCUAGUGUAAACUAUACUAAAAAACGUAAAUAUUAAGAUAACCCAGUGACUUUUGAAAGAAAACACCCAUAAUAAAAAACUUAUCUAUAAUCUCUAAAAUAAUGCAAGAUAUGUUCAUAUUUAUUUCUGUAAAUAAUUAUUAAUGUCAAGAAUAAAGGUUAUUUUGGCUGAUUAAUGAAUUAUCAAUAUGUCGGUCUGCACUACAGAUCUAAAUUUCAUUAAUUUUGUUACAGAAUUAACUAGGAUUCAUUAUUUUUUUACUGAAAUUUGGGCAGUACCAUAAUUGUAGCUGAUGCGUGAAAUGUUUUUAUUAUUAUUUAGAUGUACACUAUAUGCCAGUUAAGGGGUGAAAAAAAUCCCUUAUUGUUAUAUGCAGUUCAUUGCAAAUUUUAUUCAGAACUAAUAUAAGAAACACAAAUACUUGCUGCAACAUGUAUUUAUAAAGUAAAAAAUGCAUAUAUUUUAAAAAUAACUGUAUAUAAUCAAUUUCCAUAUAGUUUUCUUAUUGUUUAUAUAAAAUUUUUAUUUUAUAUUCAUGUGGACCAAAAUAAGCUAAUGAUGUAUUACAUUUAAUUUAUAAAUUAAGGUAACAAUAACUGCAUUCUAUCAAUGUUAAAAAAGUUAUUACUAAUAAAGUGUUUAUUUUAUAAAA